AUGGAUGUAUUUUCAGCAACACAGACUCCCGAAGACACUCCGACCGGCAGAAAGAAGCCCCGAGUAUGUCCCUAUUGCAAGCGUUCCUUCCGGCGAUACGAACAUCUCCAACGACAUCUUCGAAUCCACACAAAUGAGAAGCCGUACAAAUGUGCUUGUAGUGCUUCAUUCAGCCGGCGUGACCUUCUAAAGCGCCACCAAAGCAUUGGCCAUGCCCCAAUCCCCUCUUCAACGGACGACCCGUCGCCCACGGCAGCUCAUGAGACCUGCGAUGUCCACUCGCGAGCUGAUUACUCUCAACCGGGUAUUCAGCCGUCUUUGCUGGAGCUGGCAGAUCUGCCAAGUAUCCCGACGGGGCCAACGAGCCAGACAAGCCAAUUUAGCCAUGUCCAACUCGAAGGGAUCCCGCCAUUCAGCUCUCAGGAUCUACUGGUUUUGGAAGAUUUGGAGAUGUUCAGCAACAACAUCAGUCUAAGCAAUGAAUGGUAUCUCCCAACUGAGCCUUGCAUCACACAGAUAUUUGCGGGAGAGUCCAGUUUCAAUGCCCAGUCAGCUCCAUCCACUACACAGCCACUCGAGGGAUAUGCCUCGGGUGAUGAUCAAAGGUUGAGCAAGUUACCCACCGAGCGAGAAGCCGUUGCGGAAUUUGGCGUUUUGACAUUGCCUAUCCUGACCGUCACAAGUCAACAUCGGGAACGCCUGCUCCAAACUCUGACCCAGACCCAUUCUACUGAGGCGGCUAACAAUCUACCGUCAUGUCAUUCACUGUCACGAUUUGGGAAUGGGUUCUUCGACGGGUUCUACCCUCAUUACCCGAUGAUACACAUUCCAACUUUCCGAAUUGAUGAUUGCGAGCCGGAGAUCCUCCUAGCUAUGUGCGCGCUCGGAGCUCAAUUCCGGCACGAGAACCGAAAAGCAAUGCUACUAUUCCAUGCAGCCAAAGGUGUGCUUCGGUAUAGGACGCGCGAUAGAGACCUCGCGGAGCAUGAAAGGAUGUUGAACAGCCCUGUGCACCAGAACAAUGCUACCAAUGGUCGUCAUACUUCGCAUUACUGCGAAACAAUGCGCGACGCACGCUGUGCCUUCCUACUAAUUGCAUUUGCAACGUGGCAAAAAAACGAAGACGUCGCGAGAGAAGCUUUCGACCUCCAGAGCUUCCUGGCGAGGUGUGUCAGGGAAUGUCAGCUGGAAGAGGCCGCACCGCCUCUGAACGCUGAUGCUACGGACUGGCGAGCAUGGAUUCAGCAAGAGACUGACCGAAGGGUGAAAUUGUUCUCUUUUGCCCUCCUAACCCUGCAGUCUUUAGCGUUCGGCACUCCGCCAGUGAUCUUGACCGAUGAAGUCCGCGUUCGUCUGCCAUGUAGCUGCCUGGAGUGGAUUGCCCCAAACCAAGAGAAAUGGGCUCGUAUCCGCAGCAGGCCCAGCUUUCGCGAGCAGAUGCUAUUUCAGGAUGCUCUGUGCCACAUCAUGAGACAUCCGCAGGAGCCAGGCUUUCCGAAUGCAUAUCCUGUGCCAUCCCCUCUGGCAAACUACAUCCUUCUCCAUGCCGUUAUUCAGCAGAUCCUGCUUGCAUACCGGUCACUGAGUCCAUACAAUGAAGUAAACAAGACCUUGAUGAAUGGACAAAAGGAGAUCAUGCGCAACGCACUUCACGCCUGGACCGGCCUCUGGCAACGAGCCCCAGAAUCAAGUCUGGAUCCCCGCAACCCCAACGGUCCCGUCACUUUCACAUCCACUGCGCUGCUUGGCGUUGCAUAUGUGCGACUCGGUGUCGAUUUGGGUUCGUAUCGAAUCCUGCGAUCGCGGGAUGCAAAGGAGAUAGCCAGCCGACUAGUACAGAUGCCUCGCCUCCCCGCCGGGCCCCACCUCCUCCCCGCCAUCCUGCAUGCCACACACGCGCUCAGCAUCCCCGUCAAACUGGGCGUGAAUUUCGUGGCGCAGAGCCAUGCGUUUGUGUGGAGCGUGCAGCACUCGAUAUGCGGGUUGGAAUUUGCCAUCUUUCUCAGCAAGUGGCUGUUCUGUAUCGCUGAUUGCCAGACCCAGAGGCCGCUGGACGAGCACGAAUCUCGCCUCGUAAGCUGGAUUACCGACAUUGUCGAAGAAGGACGGACCUCCGGAGACGAUGAUCUGUGGUCGCGACCCCCAAGUCCCUCCGACUGUGUUUACCUUGGCUACGCCGUGGCGAAGCUCUGGGCUCGUCUAAUCCGAGGGGACGAACAGUGGCUGUUCUUGAAGGUGAUAGGUGAUGGGCUUGAUAUUUACGCUGAGACUUGCCAGCGGAAUUAUGCGCAAGCCGAGAGUGUCGCCUCAGCGCCUACAUAUAAUUGA